GAGGAUGCAGGUUUGGGUGGGGUGGUUGGGUGAUGAAGAGAGGGAGAAGGACGAGGAGGUUUGCAAGUUGCAAUCGUCGAAAGAGACAUCUUCCAAACCAAAAGCCUCAGCAAUGCCUCUCAUUUCUAUAAUUCGUCUCUUGAUGCAUUGUGCUGUGCAGCAGAGAUCAGCAGGGCAAGUUUUUGCUGUUCUUCUUGUAUGCAGCUACAAUUUUGAGGCGACAGUCCUUGAUCAAGCAAAGCUAUGAAGCAAGAGCUCCGAGUUCCACAUGCAGCCAGAACCAGAGUUGUCUCAAGAGUGAAGGAUCCUCCAAGAACAGAUACAGAUCAUGGGACCUCUCCAGGGUUGAAGGCGAGGCCAAAAUCUAGUGCCUUGGAUGCGAGCACCGCAAACUUGGCUAGAAGAAGAUCUCCUCAGUUCAACAACAAUCUCAGGCCAGCCACUAAUGGUUUAGGUGCCCCAAAAGUGGUGGAGCAGUUUGCUCGCUUGGGGAGGAGGGAAGACGCCAGUUGCAAGGGGUCUGCGGAUGGAGUCAAUGGAAAGAUCAAGGAAUUGGAGAGUAGACUUGGUGAGAGUGAGAAAUUGGUGAGGGAGUUACAGCAGGAAGUGACCGAAUUGAAGACUGAGAUAGAGAAGUUGCAGGAGAAGAAUGUUGAGUUGGAGUCACAGAACAAGAAGCUGGAGCAAGAUCUUACUGCAGCUGAAGAAAAUAUCAAGAUGAUGGAGAAGAAUGAUCAGGUGGAAUUGGAUGGCAAAUCUAAGUUCAGAGAUCUAUUAGAGCUUGUUCAGAAAAACUCAAAGAAUUCUGCAGAAAUGGAGGAAGUUCAACAAAAUGUAGUGAUUAAGAUGCCUAUUCCAACUUUGUCACCUUCCAAAGGUGCUUCCCAUGGGCCACCUCCACUGCCGCCGCCGCCGCCGCCUCUUCCUCACAGUGCUUCAGGAAGAGCCACAGUGGGCAAGGCUUCUGCUCUAGUCCAACUAUACCAUUCACUGACAAAGCAAGGUUCCGCAAGCAAUGGGGGUUCUGCCAGUCCUUUCUCUGGUUUUGCACAUAGAGGCAUUGUUGGAGAACUUCAACAUCGAUCAGCUCAUCUAUUAGCGAUCAAAGCAGAUGUGGAAACAAAAGGGCCGCUCAUCAAACAUCUUAUACAGAAGGUGCUCUGGUCAUCUUUCACCAGUAUGGAAGAUGUCCUAGCUUUUGUUGAUUGGCUUGAUGGAGAACUCUCCACCCUGGCUGAUGAGAGAGCUGUGCUGAAGCAUUUCGAUUGGCCUGAGAAGAGAGCUGAUGCAUUGCGUGAAGCUGCUGUUGAAUUCCGUGGUCUCAAACAACUUGAAGCCCAUGUUCAUUCUUUAAAGGAUGAUUCUUCCUUAUCAUGUGAGGUGACACUAAAGAAGAUAUCAAACUUACUAGAUAAUAUCCAUGCUGAUGCCCAUGAUGGUGCAAGGUUCGAGCAAGGCGUUGAUAGAUUGAUCAAGUUGAGGAAUGCAAAUAUGAUGCUGUACAAGGAGUGCAAAAUUCCAACUGAUUGGAUGCUAGAUUCUGGUAUGGUUAACCAGAUGAAGCAGAGCUCUGUGAAGCUUGCGAGACUCUAUUUGAGUAGAGCGACAAUGGAGCUCAAAGUAUUUCAGCACUCCGAGCGGCAAUCUGCACAAGAGGCACUUCUUCUUCAAGGGGUGAAAUUUGCUUAUAGAACACGCCAGGCAAGUAAAAUAAAAUCUAAACUUCUACUCUCAAAUCUUAGUAAUGUAGUGCCUGAUUUCACCGCAGUUUGCCGGAGUGCUCGACUCUGAGCUGAUGAUCACCAUUGAGGACUUGAAGAAAAGGGUUGAAUCACAGAGUAGAAGAUCACAAUAGAUCACAUCCAUGCUAUGACAGUCAAUGGAAGCUGAUUCUGUGAGGAGACCCAUGAAAGUUGAUAACAUGGUUUUUCUGUGGACAUAGAGAGCCGUAAAUAAGCUCGGAAUUGAAUAAAAGGAAAGAGGAAUUUUGAAAAGAUGACUUGAGAAUUUCUCGAGGCUUUUCUUACUAUAGAAUGUAUUUGUAAACCAAUAUUGAAUAAAAUUCAAAUUUGCA